AUGGUUUUGCUUUGGUUGCUGAUGAGCUUUGCUUUGCAGCACAUUUGGCUGGAAAAAACCGGAACUAACGCUGCGUUUUACGAAGUCACUAUAGAUUCUUUCGAACUAGAUCCGAACUACGACCGAACGUCAUUCGUUAUGAAGAGCGUCCGUGUUGCCCGUAAAGGCCGUAACGACUUUGUCAUAUCCGGUGAGUACGCACUACUCCGGAAUUACGGAAACGAAAAUACGUUUUACUAUGAGUUAAAAAACUCCCGCGGAAUGUCCCUGAUCCGAGGAAGUAAACCGUUUUGCGAGGCACUUAAUUCGAAACAAGCGAUUGUUAGGAAGCUGCGCGAGUACUCGACCAUGCCACCGGGUAAUUGUUGUCCGCUGCCGAAGGGUAAAUAUGAGAUCGUCAAUUUCCGGGUUCAAGAACGAGACCUGCCAUUGGUAGCGGUAAAGGAUAGUUAUACUGUGUAUGGAAAAGUGGCGGCUCCUGACGGGCAUAUGAUGCUGGCUUUUAAGGCGCAGUUUUCUAUUUCCUAA